GUGGCUGCUGCUUCCCCGAUGAGUCUCUGCUCCUCACUUUGUUCCAGCAUCUGGAGAAGAAGUGGGGCCGUCAGGUGCAGGUGUGCUUGGAGGACUUGCUGGGGAGAUGUCUCCAGUCCUUAGGGGUCUGAGGGCAAGCCAUGCUUACGGGAAUUCACUGACCACAGCGUUGCUGCCUCAGAGUAUCACAACCCAAAAAACUUCCUCCCAUCCCUGAUCGCUGAGAAUGACACCUUCUUCCCUAGCAUGGCAGAAGAAAAGGAGGACUCGUCUUCCACAGAGCUGGACGUCCCAACGGCCGAUUUGCACAGCAGCACGGAGGAUCUCCUCUCAGACUCUGCUCUCCAUGGCACGGAGUAUUACAGAGAUCUGGGAUUUCUGAGCCUGCCAAUUACCAGCACAGCACCAGAGACUGCAUCACAGCCAGAACAAGCACCCCAAGCUGUAUCUGCCUUUCGCUUAUUGGAAGAGAGACCAGAGGUUUUAAGUAAAAUGUCUGUGGAUGUUGCUUUUUCCAAUCCUGUCUCCUGCUCGGUACGUUACGGGGAGGCCGACUGCCACUUUCUGAACAGAGACCGUGUUUCCUCCUGCACAGCAGUGCCACAAGAGGGAACUGGCACCUCUGAGUGUCCUGCAGAGCCAGGCGAAGUGCUGGAGCUGCAGGAGGCUGAGGAGACCUUCCCCACGCUUGUGAGGUCCAUGUCUACCUCACGGAGACACAGCUGGGAGAGCCCUGUAUCACCCCUGGACUGCAAGCGCAGGUUCAGCCUGGAUGCCACAGAGAUGGGCAGUGACCCAGAGCAGGAGGAUGUGGCGAAGGGAAGCCUGUCCUGCCCGCAGCCUCUCGUGUCCCUUCAGCUGCCCAGGGGGGACCUGGAAACCUGGAGCCGCAGCGGGGGCGGCACGGUGAUCAAAGUGGAGAUAGAGCCAUUGCGCCCGAACCUCGCGGUCAGCCCCAGCUUUGAGGAGGCGGAAUAUGGCAGCAAUGGGAAGAGAUUGAGGUCAAAGUCUGUCCCAUCAGCCUGCGACAAGGUUGCCUCCCCUCAGAUAUCUUGCAGUUUCAACACUCCUCUUCCAGCCGUGGAAGGUAUUGAACCCCCUGCUCUGGAGAUGCUGGAGAAGGACCAUGUGUCCCCAGACCAUGUACUAAUUGUCCAGCAGGUACUUCAGGAACUGAAACAGUAUCAUGGGGCGAAGCAGAGAGCAUGUGUGAAAGAAAGCAGUGAUGCUUCCCAGCAGAACCUCACGUGGUUUGAGUUCCUGUCUAAUGAAAAUGAGGACAGUGGAAAGGCUGACAAAGCAGAGAGAAGCACAAAGGUGAUGCGACGUCUGAGUUCCCUGCGGAGCCGAGUCACCGGGUCUUGGCAGAAGGAUAAGGGUAAGAACAAAGAGCAGCCAAAAGAGAAAGACAAGGAGAAAGAGCCAAAGGAGCCAAAAGAGAGGUGGAAAGAGAUCAAUGGGCACCAGCUUGUGCCAGGGGUUUUCUCCAGUUGCACCAGCUGCUCAUUGUGUGCCAAACCUCUUAUGAAUAAAAGUGGUCUGCAGUGCCUGAAUUGUGCAGUGAAUGUCCAUAAGAACUGCAAGAAUUUACUGGCUGAAUGCAGCAGCGUCAGACCCAGGAAAGAUUUGCAGCACAGACCUUCUGGAUCUCCACAAAGUUCGUCCCAGUGCAUUUCCCCAGCCGCUUCUCUGAAGGAGCAGCCCCGAAGUCUUCUCCUGGGACCUGAUGGCACCCCAGUAUUAUCACGGAAUCUCGGUAUGACUAUCGCCCAAAGAGGAAAUUCUCAAUCUUCACUGAAUACUGCUGGAGCUGUUAAUAAAUUUGGACUAAUUCCAGGAGACAUGGAUGAAGGGGACUCUGGAUUUAUAAAAUUUAAGCAGACACCAGAUGAUGUUGUCUCACUUGCACCUUCAACAUCGGACUCCAUUUUUCUGGAAGAUACAUAUUCUGUGUCCCUCCGAAGUGAGAUAGAAGCAGAUGCUCUUGAGUUCGAGGCAGAGUCUUGGAGUGUUGCAGUGGAACAGCCUUAUGCAAAAAGGCAAAAGAAAGAAGUUAUAAAAAGGCAAGAUGUCAUCUAUGAACUAAUGCAGACUGAAAUGCAUCAUGUCAGAACACUGAAAAUUAUGCUGAAGGUAUACUCCAAAGCCAUGAGAGAGGAACUACAGUUCCCAAAUGCAGUCAUCAACAAACUUUUCCCCUGUGUGGAUGAGUUGCUGGAGAUGCACGGGCAAUUCCUGCUCCAAUUAAAAGAGCGACGAAGGGAGUCCUUGGAAGAAGGCAGUGACCGAAAUUAUAUUAUCCAGAACAUUGGGGACAUCUUGGUAAAGCAGUUUUCAGGUGAAAAUGGGGAGAGAAUGAAAGACAAAUAUGGUGUAUUCUGUUGUGGUCACAAUGAAGCUGUUAGUCACUAUAAAGACCUUCUCCAAAGCAAUAAGAAGUUCCAAAACUUAAUAAAGAAAAUAGGCAACUGUUCCAUUGUGAGGAGACUUGGUGUUCAGGAGUGUAUCCUUCUAGUUACACAGCGCAUCACCAAAUAUCCAGUGUUGGUGGAACGUAUUAUUCAGAAUACUGAAGCUGGAACUAAAGAUUAUGAAGAGCUGACUCAGGCACUCAGUUUAAUUAAGGACACAAUCACUCAUGUGGAUGCCAUGGUAAAUGAGUGUGAGAAGGGGCAGCGCCUUAAAGAGAUUAUGCAUAAAAUGGAGCUAAAAUCAUCUGGGAAAUGCAAGAAUGGGCUCUUCUUCCGGAAGGACGACAUGGGGCAGAGGCGUCUUCUGCUGGAUGGGAUGCUGUACUGGAAAGCUGCAUCAGGCCGACUCAAAGAUAUUCUAGCAGUCCUGUUAACUGAUGUACUUUUGCUAUUGCAAGAAAAGGACCAAAAAUAUGUAUUUGCAUCAGUGGACUCUAAACCACCAGUUAUCUCAUUGCAAAAGUUGAUUGUAAGAGAGGUAGCUAAUGAGGAAAAAGCAAUGUUCUUAAUUAGUGCUUCCUUAAAAGGACCAGAAAUGUAUGAAAUUCAUACAAGCUCAAAAGAAGAGAGGAAUUCCUGGAUGGCUCACAUUCGCAGAGCUGUAGAAAGCUGUCCUUAUGAAGAAGGAGGAAUGUUUAAUGAACCUGAAGCAGAAAGGAGACUGGCUGAAGCAAGAGCUGCUAAGUUAAAAGAUUUUCAAGAGCGUUUGAACAUGAAAGAUGACCUGAUUGUGCAAAGUCUGACUGAGAAGCAACAGAUUUAUCUAGAAAUGUCUGAAAUGAAUGGGUUUGAAGACCAUUCCCAAGGAGCCCGAUCUAGACUACUUCUUCGGGGGGAUAUCUCAGAGAAUCUGCAAGGAGAGGUGAUUUUGAAGUCUGCAGUGACAGAAGCUGAAAAUCUCCAAAACCUUAUCUUCACUCACUUGGGCAAUGGAUCCUGUCAGCCUGAAGAUAGCUUUGGGUCAGGACUCCCCAGGAGAGCAGAGACCUUUGGAGGAUAUGAUAGCAGCCCUUCAAUUUCAAAUAAGAAUGGUAGUUUUAGGAAGAACAGCGGUGGUGACCAGAGACAGUGGGACUGGAGGGGCCCUGCAGUAAGUUCAGAUGUGCAGCUCCAUGACCUCCCUUUUGAUGCAGAAGAAGGAUCUCAAACCAGUGAUGCAACAAGGCUGGAUGACAGCAGUGGUUUGCAGCCCACCAUAGAGUCUGAGCUUGUCCGAAGGAUACAAACGCUGUUACAGUUGCUCUUCAGUCUACAGGCAGUGAUAUCUCAGCAGGACAGCUAUAUUGAGAUGCAACGAGCUACCAUGGUAGACCGGGAGAAGCAAUACCGGCUGCAGUCUACACGAGGCAACCUGCUGCUAGAGCAGGAGAAGCAGCGUAACUUUGAAAAACAGAGAGAAGAACUGAUGAAUGUACAGAAACUUCAGAGCCAGCUGAAGCUGGAGCAGCAGCGCUGGGAACGGGAAAGAAGUCGGCAGCAAAGGGAAUUUGAAAGCACAGAAGCCCGGCUGCAGGAGCGCGAAGAGGAGAUUCGGCAGCUAAAAGAUAGGUUGAGUCAGGAGAAGGAAGAGCUAGAGAGGCAGCGAGAGGCCUAUCAGCAUGACCUAGAGAGGCUGCGGGAAGCUCAAAGAGCAGUUGAGAAAGAGAGAGAGCGCCUAGAUCAGCUAAGGAAGCUGAAGAAACAGAACACAGUCUCAGGCACGUGUUCCCCGGAAAUGGGACAGAAUCAGAUGCUGAGCCAUUCCAUUAGCUUCAAUGGAGAAGGGAUAGAACCAUCUCUGCCAGUCUUGAAAACCUCUGGGAGAGUGAGCGUCUCUGGGAUGGAUUACUUGGAACGGACAGAGCUGGUUCGUAGGGACAGUACCACCAUGGAGAAUCGUCCAGUUCUUGCACUGAAAAAUGAAGUGCCAAUACAUCUCCUGAGUGCAACUAAUCAAAUACAAAAACCAGCUGCAGUUCAGCAGCAGAUUCCUACUAAGCUUGCCACUUUUACAAAAGGAAGUAAAGAGAAAGGUGGGAAGAACAAAGCAUCUCAUAGGACAGACAGUUCAGCAUCUGUUGAUCAGAAACAGCUGAUUCCCCCCAAGCUUGUUGGACGAGAGGAGGGUGUCUUGAGAGGCAGGCGAUCAGCAAGUCCAGUCCUCCAAAGCAGCCAGACCACUGCAUUCCAGCCAGAACUGUAUGGCCCUACUGAUGCUCAGCCAGAAGCACUUUCAUCUGCCUCAGCAAACUUAUUCAGGCCCAAUAACGUUCCCGUCCAGACCCUGGUGGCCUCUCAGCCGACUCUGUUAAAUGUGCAAGAUGAUACCAGCAAAGAAGAUGUAAUUUUUUUCUAAUCAUUUUCAUUUAAAGAUUAGUCUUUUGACAUACUGUUUCACGAACUCGGGCCCAAAUGUUCAACGUGACAGAGACCUGAAGUGGAUGUCUUUUCAUCCCUGCUCCAUUAAUACUAGCAAAGACCAGACCAGGAUUACUGUUUUACUUUGUUGGCUUCUCUGCCAGCAGCUCAAAAUGAGAACACAGUAGUAGUAAUUUGCUUUUAAUUUUUCCAAACAUGGAAGUGUGGUGACACAUGGCAAGGGUAUAUAAAUUCAAAGCAUAUUAAAAUGCUGCUAUUUGCUGUAAUUUGCUCUCUUUGGUGAAUCUACACUCUUUGUGGGCACCAUCUUGUGAAGUAAACUGUUUUAAUUGGUGUUGAACCUCCUAGAUUUUUUUAUGUCAAAAUUUCAGUAGUAGGCCCCUGAAUGGCUGAGAAUUUUUAAAUCUGUUAUUACAGAUACGUGGUCAGUGUAAUGGAUUAUGCUAACUAUAUUUCAAUAACUAGUUAACUAGCAAGCCAGUCUCCUUACAGCCACUCACGGCUGACAUUGUGAUACCCCCCUUACAGGAGCCAGACUGGCAUCUCUGUUCUUUUAGUGAUUCAAUGGAACACAGGUUCCAUGGCCAGGUACAGUAGAAGAAAGAAGGUAAGCUUCUUAAGAGUCUUCAAGGGUCAGAAGCUCCACCUGCUUGUAGACCUGAAGGGUUGGACAUGUGAAAAUAUACAACGGUGAUGGAGAGCUGGACUAAAUGCACAUUUCUUUGGCCAUCAACUUGCACUAGGGGAUAACUGUGUCCUUAGAUACAUACUGGGUAGUUCUCUGUGUUAGCGAGAGCAGUGCAGAUUCCCAGGCAAAACUGAUGUUGGCUCAGAAUGAAUUUAGAGACUUGCAUUUUGUUCCUUGCUGAAGACAUAAGAAGCGUUUGAAUGCAGUAAUUUAUUGUCUUGCUUAAUCCUACGUUUUCUGCAUCUGUUGUUUGUCUGCUAGCUUGAUGGGACGUUACUCCAAGUAUCAGAAGAUAACAAAGCUGCUGUUACUGCAGAGACUUUUCUGCAACACUGUGUUAGGAAUGAAGGGAAUAGAACUGUUUCUUUAAAAAAAAUGAAAAAAAAAAAAACUAGCUAAACCUCCAUUGAUUUAGCUACUUAAAGCUAAACCAGCUUGGGCGCCUCUUAUUAAAUGGGUCAGUUCUUAAUCAUGAAAUGGUGAUGGUAUUAACAUAGUUCUGUUCAAAAGGCAUUUUGCCCCUUUGUAGUAAUUUGCACAGUCAUCUGGUGUGUGUUAUUUCAUUCUGUAUCUCAGUUUUUAUUAUACACUUCAGCUAAGGACCUGUAUUCGAAUACAUGUUGAAGGUGGCCAGUCAGAUAUAUUGGGCACAGAAGAGGUUGUUUAGAGGGGAUUGUUGCAGAAUUAGAGAAAUCAGUAUCUCGGAGCUUAAAAAUUUGGGUUGAUAUCUUUCAGAAUAUGAGUGAUAAUAGUUUUAUCAUAUCUUUAAGCCUAAUUUAAAAUGGUUUUAGCACAGGUGGGUGGAAUGCCUAAUCAGCUCUCCAUUCUGUUGUAUGGUAAGGGCACUGAAUGGCCAUCUAGCAGGUUCUUUUCAAAUCAUUGACUCUAUCUCAGUGGUUAGGGCCUAUGUGACAUUAGUAAUGUUCUUGUAGACAGUAACUUCACUUUGGUUGAAGGUUUUAAAAUUAGCUCAGUAGUUGCAGUGCAAGAAACAUUAUAAAUUUUCAGCAGAAAAUACGAAGUUUGUUUCCAGGCGGUGAUGAUUUGGGUUGUUGCCUCCAGACAAGAAAUUGAAAAAUCCAGAUGUACCGAUUGGUGUAAGAGGAAAAAGAUAAGCUAUGAAAUACUGAUUCUCUCUUAUGGAACAAGCACUCCUUCUGUAGUGCUUCUUGGGAUUUAAUGGUCAUUUCUUUGUGAACUGAUAUUCAAUAGAGUAGCAACGUUAUGAAUGAGAGGAGACUCCAAACCAUCUGCCUUGUUACCAGAACAAUUAUUACUAUUAAGUAGGACACACUUCACUAUUUACCAAGCAAUACUUUGGUAUUAUCAUCAGUCUUGCAGAACUGGUGCAGAUUAUCAAUGGUUAGAUUUGCAGAACACUGUAUGGUCACUAUUGAGAACAUAGUGAUUUUUGUAUUGUUGUGAUACGAUGUUGAUGAUGGUUAGAACAUAGUUCUACGUUGUAUUCAUUUUUGUAUUCUUAAAUGCUAGGUUGAAAUGGAAGGGAAUUCUUAAAAUAAACAGUUCUGAUCAAGCCAGCAUGUGAGGUCCAACAGCUUUAAGGAAUGAAUUU